AGCCUUUAAGCGCGUCAUUUCCACUUGUGCGUUACUGUGGCUCAUGUAACGCUUUUGUGUUUAUCCACCAGUCCUCUCUCAUUUACAUAUUCCACGUUGUCUUUUCUUCUUUUUUUUCAUCAUUAAACUCUUGGCUUUAUUUUGUUCGCCGAAUGUAUGUUCAUCUUAUGUGCUAAGGGAGUGGUUCGCCAACGUUUUCUCUCCUAACUACUUUACUCGAACAGAUUACCUCCAUUUGUCUUAUUUAAUAUCAGUUCAUUUUGAAAGCACACUCAACAACCGGUGUGCUACAUUCUUUUUUCAACUGAUGUGAUAUAUCUAAGCAUUGGCAUACAUAUAAAUGUCAGAUACCAUGAUAUCAGCUAAAGCAGUUGUUGAUGCUGUUCCCUCUGGACGUCAGUAUUUGUCGGAGUUUUACUGUAAAGAAAAUUUAAGUGAUAGUCCAAAAUAUACUUCUUCUGAUUUUUGGAGAAGUUGGUGUGAAAAGGGAUUGUUUGAUGAGAUCUACAUAUCUAACAACAAUGUUGUAUGGAGUCAUGGAACGGAAAUUUCGGAUUCAUUUCCUAAGCUGGCCCUCACCCUGAAUACUCCGGUUAUCGAUGCAUUCAAGGCGUCAUUUUUUCUAGCUUCUCUUCAUUCAGGUCAAGGGUUUGUGCCACAUAUUAAUAAGGAUGUACCUGGAAGAGUACAAGAAGGAUUAUGCGUUUUUGAGUCGGAAAGGAUGACUUUCAUCGAUGACUGGGGUGAACACUACACAGUACGUAUUCCAUGUCGCUUAGCAGAUGCUUGGGCCCUUAAUACACUCGUCUUGCUUGAACGUCAACCAAAUAAUUGCGAAGUCACUCGUGAUAUGCCGAAUGCAAAAACUGAGAAUCCUUGUCCUUUGUUUUCGAUGUUCAGUCUUACUCAUCCACUUGAUGAAGUUGCUCCUGUGAUUUUAAAAGUUCCUUUAUCUAGUGGGGGUUUCGGAAUUGGAUUUGUUACGGAUGUCAAUUUAAAAGUUAUCGGUAUUAUUCCAUCGCUUAAUAUGGUUCUAACGUAUCAUUCCAUAACAAAGUCACAUGCUGUAUGGCAGCUGGAGAAAGCCUUGUCACAAGACUAUGCAUAUUUGUAUCAAAUGGAUGCAAAUGGCUGUAUCAGUGUUGCUACACACGCAUUAACAGGAUUAAUUUAUCACUCUGAGUCUACAAAAUAUCCUGGAAAAUCUGACGAAACUCAGGUCACGUUUGAUGAACGUUCUAUAUGUUCUCCCAAUCCUGAUGUUUGCCUAAGUCCAUUCGCUGUAUCUCUGUCUCGUUUAAGAAAAAACGAAGCUCAGCCUUCUCAGUUGAAUUACCAUGUUAGUUUUCAGUCUCCCUUUCAUUCUCCGGCUGUUCCUUUCACACCUGCAAACCUUAAUACUUACACCAAUCGACUCUCUAAUAUAACACCGGGCAACACUCUAAACUAUGCACCUUCCACGUUAAAUAAUUCUGGUAGUUUUCACACAAGAAGGACACCUAUUAUGGAUCCUCAGCCAACAGGAAGUAGUUAUACACCUAAACCAACGAGUAUCAUUCACACUCAGAAGUAUAGUCCAUUAAAUUUGACUACAUUACAAGGACGACUUUCUUCCAUACAAGCUGCUCUUUGCCAUCCCAACCAGUGUGAAACCUCUGUUCAAACUGAAAAGUUCAGCCCUCUUGAUGCUGAUCAGAUUGCAAAUCUGUUAGAUGAACCAUUGCUUCCGAAAGUUUGUCUUCGCCUUGUAUGGUCAGAACCGCCAUCGACUCGAUCAUUCAGUACACCAGUUAAUCCUAGCUGUGUAAGCCCAAUGAAGCAUGCAUCUAACUUCACAAAAGAAAACAGUAAAUAUUGUGCUCCUUCUUCUGGUCGAUUUGCUUUAUUGAGUCGACGUCUUCCGGAUUUACCAUUUCCUCUGCCGAAGACUGAAAAACCGUGUAACAACAGUUCUUCUAUUAGAAAUAGAGGUGAAAUGCUCUCUACUGACCCUGAUACAUCUCAUCUUGCAGUAAUUCAAGAUAACAGUCCAACUCUACCGUGUCAUAAAUAUGGCCCAAUGAAAUCACCUGCAUUUCUGGCGGUUGACUUGAUAUCUGUCUCUUGGAUUUGCUUUCUCACAAGUUCACCUGGCCUUGAUGACAGACAGUGUAGACUAGCUUGCUUAAGGAUAAAUGAUGAAGAGACGGCUUUAUGUACCAGUGAUAAUAAACGGAUGACUGAUGACUAUCAAGCAGUCUUUGGUGACUUAACUUAUCUUCGAGCCUGUGAUGCUGUUUACGUGCCGUAUUCGCGGAUAACUAUCUGUUUAGACCCUGGUGUUGGCAUAGUCCUGUAUACUGGAAUCAGAAAGCUCUGUCUACUUGGUUUAAGUCCACCUCCAAUCCUGAGUUUGUUCCUGGCUGUGGGUGGUCCACAAGUGGUAAAAUCCAGACUACAGCGUGUUUCAUCUGAUGUCCAACUUCCAUUUAUUGUACGUCCCAGUCCACCAGACAUUGAUCGCUGGCAUCAAAAUGCUGUACAUUCAAUACUGUCCAAGUGCGUAUCAACUGUCACUUCAAGUUCAGUUUUCAGUAAUCAAGUUCAUAUGGCAGCAGCUGAGUUUAAUUCUAAUACGAAAAUCUUUUGUUUCAAUGAGCUUCCAAAAGAUUUGGCAAACGUGAGGGAACUGUAUCCUAAACAAGGCAGUGACCAUCUUCAUGAAUUGAACCAUGCAGACGUUGAUUCAAAAUUAUAUGGCGAAAACUAUACAUCAAAUAAGCGAAUGGAAUUAAAGAGUGUAGAAAAAAUAUCUAUUUGUGAUCCUGCUGGAAAUGCUUUCACAAUAGUGAACGACGGCAGAAUUAAAGAUGUGAAUGGUGAUACGAGCUGCUUAAGUUCAAAUCAAUUACUUCGAGUUUAUUUGCCUUCUAUUUCUGAAAACGAAAUGGUGCAACGGUGUUUAACCAGUUUAAAUCAAUGUCUAUCUGAAGAUGUCGGUUUACUGCUUUUUACUCGUUGGUAUGUCGUAUCAAAUGUUCCAGGAACGAACAGUUCAUAUCAAUUCCAAGGAGAUCGAACACACAGUCAUGAAGAUAUGCAUGAUUCUGAUGCAUACUAUUUCCAGGGAUGUGUUGAAUGGAAUCGUUUCGCCAAUUUCAUCUUAAUGGCCUCAGGUUUAUCUCUCUCUCAUCGGUACAAUGGAGGUGCUAUGGCGAUGGAAAGUAGUGAUGGAGGUGAAGAUAUUGGCGAAUAUCUUCAACGCAAUAAACGCCAACGACAAGGUAUUGAAGGCGCUUCAGAAACAGAUUGGAAUAAUCUUGUUGACCUGUUGGAAUUCAAGCAAGAUGAUGCAGUAGUUCAUCCAUCAUUGUUGUUACCCGAAAAAGUCACUUCUGUGGUGAAGACAUACGAUAAAAAGUCACUCUUUAAUAAUAGUCAGAUGAAAACUAUUCAUUUGUCACGCAUCCGUGAUGAUCCAGAUAGUCACCUUAUUCUCUCUUGUUUGCCUACUAUUUUCUUUUCUUUCCACUUGACAUACGAAGAAGCUAAAUUGAAUGCUGUUUUGCAAGAUAAAUUAAAGCAGUUGAUCGAAUUGAAUUACAUUCUCGCAAGGAUACUGAAUCUACCAGCGUAUGCUACAUACUAUGAAGAUGAAUAUUCUGAUCUAUGCAAUAUUUCUCUUAUUAUUCAUGUUAAUUUUCCACCUGAUCUAUUUAAAUGGCCGGAUGGUUUGUCAACUAACAUUGUUCCCUGUUUGUUAACAUGGAUAACAAAACAGUUGGAAUUAUUCAAUUCUAAGGAGACUUCUGUUAAAUUAACUCCUUAUCCCUAUCUGGCUGGAGUAAAUGAUUUAGCAACUGCUCUAGCUGGAGUGAUUGUUUCAGCCUUAUCUACAGAAAAACUCAAGAUGUUUAAUGCGACAGAUAAAAAACUAGCUGUCCGGCAUCUUUUAGAAUUUUGGACGAAUCAUAUAUUCACAUGGAAAACAUUUGCAAAGUUGAAUAGUUCAGUGUAUGGCUAUUCCCACGAGAAACAAGACGAUUUCCCUGUCUUCAAAGAUGAAGAAGUUCAGCGAUGGCUUCAAAAUGCUGGUCCAUUUGCGUGUGCCUAUGUUGAGACACUUUUAACAUCUCUCACACUGUCUGAUAAUAAAACAUUACAUGAAACAGACACACCUUGUCUACAAGGUUCUUCGCAACAUUUAGCUUUAUUGUUUCUCAGUCGCUUAGAAUCCAGCUCUACAAUUUUCCGUGGAGUAUUGAGCAGGCGAUUACGUGUACUUCCAUCUGGUGUGUCAAUGAUUUUACGUAUUUUUCUUAGUCUAUGUCGGUUACAUCCACCGCCUAAUUGUGAUCCUCAUGUAUAUAGCUUAAUGGGUCGCACUGAUCUAGCAAAACAGGCUAAUAUACUAAAUGACUAUCAGAAUACUGAUUCAAGCUCUAGUUGUUCCAAUUCCACUUCAUCGAAAUCUGAACCCAUUAGUUUUACUAAACAACAGUCUACAACACCAUGUACCGCUGAUACAUCUUCAUGGUCUAUCGCUGAACGUUGGUCAAACUUAGUUCAUCCUCUUCGAGAUACUGGUUCAAUGUCACGUAAUAUGGCUGUUUCAUCACAUGCUUUGUUGUAUCAUCUGGAAAGCAAUCCUUGUUGUCAAGUCUCUUUCAAGGAUGAUUUACGCCUACGUGAAGCAUAUCGUCUUCUCCAAAGCUUCAGUCAUAUUCGUCUUCCUCGUGUAAAUUCUGAAGAUCCUGUUAGUUCAUCACCUUCUAACGCAUCUGGAUCUGAUCUAAAUGCUCGUCUAACAGAAGCAAGGUUGGAAAUGCAUCUAGCUGCAGCUGGUAUUCGUGUUUGGGCGUCCGUUGUUGGUCGUGGAAUGUUGACAUUAGGAAUCCUUAUGGGCUCAAAAGUUCCGACACAACUUCGUGUGCCAUCAAUAUGUUUACGUGGUCGGGCUGUUUCUCCAACCAGUGGAAGGCGUGUCCUGGUGGAUCUCGCCCGUGAGCCUCUUGGAUCAGCUAACUUAAACCCAGGUGCUAAUAGGACUCCUGGGGUAGCAGAUGUACCUAUUCCUGGCUUAGAUGUCAGUGGGAAUGCUGGGGACAGACAUGGUCUUAUUGGUACACAUGGUAUGGAGGCUUCCAACCAUCCAGGAAACUCUAUGGCAUUAGCCAUUGCUUCUUCAGUGGCUUAUAGUGGUGCUGGGGCAUCUUUACGUACUGCAUCUUUAGGACUAAGUCGUAUGGUACCACGUAAUAACUCGGCUAACAAUUACGCCAAUUCAAAUGUCUCCACAACUGCUACUAAUUCAGCAUCUUCAACUGCUUCAUUACUUUCUACGGCUAAUAUACAACAUUCCCCAAGUGUGUUGGCUGCGAAACACUGGCCAGAUUUUCAUAAUGGAGUAGCUAUCGGUUUAAGCAUAUCUCCUCAUGCCUCAAUAGAUGCCACAUGGAUUAUGUACAAUUGCCGUGCUGCUGGACUUUCAUCUACCAAUAGUCGUCGAAAUAAUCAAGAUUCUACUUCAUGUGUGAAUACACCUAGUCCAGAACAAGCCGGUUUACUGUACGGAUUAGGUUUAAAUGGUCAUUUAAACAAAGUUACUCCCUAUGAUAUUCGAGAAUACCUUGUACGAGUGCACGAUUUGCAUAACAUGGCAGUACUGCUAGGUCUCUGCGCUGGAAAACGAGGUACAAUGGAUCAGUCUAUUUUACGAUUGAUUGCAGUACAUUAUCGUCCACUGCUACCUUUUGAUCCUUUAAUUAAUGUACAACUCAAUGUUCCUAAUUUAUGCCAAGCAGCGGCUGUGUUCGGUUUAGGUCUGUUGUAUCAAGGAUCAGCACACCGACAUAUAACUAAUCUGUUAAUUAAUGAACUCGGUCGUUCAUUAAGCGAAGAUCCCUAUUCUAAUUCGACACAUACGGGACUUAACUCGGAAUCAGACUCUCAACAAACAACCUCGAAUUCGUCUAAUAAUCAUCCUACUAGUAAUCCUAUUGGUUGGACAGGUGCUGGUGGUUCAGGUGGUUUCGCAGGUGACAGCUGUGAGCUUAUGGCCCUUUCAGCUGGUCUGGCACUUGGUCUUGUGCUUCUACAAAAAGGCGAUUCUUCAUGUGGAUUGUCCGAUCUACACUGGGCGGAAAAAUUGCAUGCGUAUAUAGCUUCUGGUCCAAGAAAUAAGAUUUCAAGCGUUCCAGAAAAACAACAAUACAACACACACUUGCCAUGGGAUUUACAUGAAAGACAUUUACCUUCUCAAAGACUACGAAGUCGUGGUGGUCCCCGUCGACCGACAGACCAGUCAAGACGUCCUAAUCAAACAGGUAGUGAAACUGCUAAUCCUGAAAGUAAUAUAGCAGAUGUUAUCACCAGAGGAGGCAUUUCCCACUCUUCAGGUACUAACUCUACUUCAAGUUUGCUACUUCACAGUGAUUACACAGCAGAACCUUUAUUAGAUCCAGAACGAUUUUUGUCUAACGACUACCUAUAUGACAUGACAGAAGCAAGGCCAGUUUGUUCACUCAGUCGUCAAAUAACUCCACGUGGUCGUCGUUCCUCAUCCACCACUUUUUCUGCAACACCUCCAUCAGUGCCACAUACUUCGGGCAGAUUUUCAUCUACUGUUUCUGAACUAGCUGGUCGUUUGGACGACUAUCCAACUAAAACAACAUGGAAAAAUCCUCAGAUACGUGAUCUUAAUUGCUACAAUGCAGAUGUUAGUGCACCCGGUGCUAUGAUGGCUCUCGGAAUGGCGUAUUUGGGUAGUGGCAAUUCAACUGUUAGUAGUUGGCUUCUACCACCCUCUUCUUUACACCAGUUAGAACUGAUUCGACCGGAUCUGCUUUUAUUCCAAGCUCUUGCUUAUGGACUUAUAAAUUGGAAUUCGAUAGAGCCAACCCAGGAAUGGAUAGAGUCUUACGUACCAGAGAAACUUUUUGAAAAACUCAGCGAAUCAAUCAAACCAAGACCAAAAGUGCAACAAUCUGACAUAUCUGAUAUCCGUGCAACACUAGGUCAAACUGAUCUAUCUAGUGAAGAUGAUGUUGAAAAUCGUUGUCCAGAUCAAACAUUUACCGACUCAUUCCAUACAUCUGGACGUGCUUCAUCUAACAGAGGUCGUAGAGGUUCGGUAAACAAUGUUCGUGGUCGACCAGUUAGACGUUCAAGAAGGUACGAUAUCAGACAGUGGGCUGAAGAGGGCAAUAAUGUUAACCAGAUUAAACCCGAUGGUAGUAAAAAUGAAUGUUUGGACGAGUUUGGAUUGCAUAAUGUUGAUCCAGUAGACAUCGAAUCCAUAAGUUUGGCUUAUUUGAACAUGCUAGUGGGAUGUGCUCUGGCCAUGGGUUUACGUUAUGCUGGAACAUCGAAUGCGAGUGCUGCCAAUACACUGUAUUCUCUUUCACGUAGUAUUUUAGAAGGUACAUGGUGGCCACCAUCAAGCUGCACCUACAGGUCACCAUCUCAAAAUAAUUCAUUUGAUACAGAACAUAUUAAAGUGUCCUUACCGAAACCUACAUUAUAUCAGAGUGCUGCUCAAUGUCUCUUAGCCUUGGCCAUGAUACUUGCUGGGUCUGGCAAUCUGGAUGUUCUUAGAAUGGUGCGUCAGUUACGAGCCAUUCGCUUAUUCAGUGCUAAACUUGAUACUUCCAAUUCGGGAUCUGAUUCACUCUAUUAUACUGUUACAACUGCAGCAGCUCGUGCUGCCGCGACAACGCAGACAGCUGCUUCAGGUUCAGGAGGAGCAUCUAUCGGUGGUCCAGUGUCUGUUGCAUCAGUGUUUGGUGCAGCUCUUGGGCCAAGUUUUGCUUUACAAAUGCUUUAUGCUAACACUGUUGGUUUACUCUUUCUCGGUGGUGGACGAUUAACUCUUGCAAAUACUCCAGAAGCUGUUGCCAUGCUCGUCAUAUCAUUUUUCCCUCUUCUUCCUACUUAUGCAGGAGAUAACUGGUAUCACUUACAAGCCCUUCGACAUCUUUACGCCUUAGCGACUAUACCUCGAAGGGUGUGUGCUGUAGACGUUGAUACUGGUCGUGUUGUUUUAUCAGAUCUCCAAGCUAAAUUGCGAGGAUCAGAUGUUAUGCUUACAACAAAAGAUACCUUUAUUUUCCCAUCUGAUGUAAUGGAUAAAAUAACUUGGCUUGAAAUCAAUCAUAAUUCUGAGGAGUAUUGGCCAACUGUUUUUCAUCAUGGUACAAAUAACUGGAAUUUAUUCAAGAAAACAUUCUUUGAAGCAGGAUAUAUUUUUGUCAAAAAAAGAGACGAUGAAGAAGAAUUAAACGUGUUAAAAUCAUGGCUGGAUGAAUGUUUAAAACACUGGUUGGAUUUAAGCGUGUUAAAACAAUUGAAACUUUUGGUCGCAUUUUUAAAGUGUUUUCCAUUACCGAAUAAUAAAACGAAUAAAUCUAAAAGUCCUCAUUCCACUGGGAGCACAUUUAUCUCUUCAUUGUCGUCGACAUCAUAUACAAAUUUAGGUCGCAUUUUAAGUAUGCGUGUUACUCAACACUUUGUAGAAUAUAAAGAUGAACUUUCUGCUGGUCUGCGCAACUAUUACUUCAAUCCACCCAGUAAUGAAAUUUGUGUCGAUGAACACAGUGCUAUGCGUUCAAGAUUAGUAAAAGCAUUCCGUCUAUGGUUCAGUUUACCUGAUUCUGAUAUCUUGUCGAAUUGUUUACCUAAAGAUGGUGCACCAUCAUCUUUGGUUAGCUUUCUUUCAAUUGUGAAACAACAUUGUCCUAAAUCAUCUAUACCAAAUAUGCUUUGGUUGCACCGAUUUCUUUAUCCAUCUAGUCAAAUGACAAAUCCAGUUUGA